GUCAGGUGGUGACAUUGGACUCCAGACCUUUGCCUUUGAACCAGCCUCCAGCUCCUGCAUUCUGGGAGUCCUCCCCCGGCGCCUGCCCACCAUGCGGGGAGCCCGGGCCCCCGGGGGCACAGGCCCAGGUCGGUCCCGGGUCAUCCUGCUCACCUAUGUUCUGGCCACUGUGGAGCUCACCUGCCUCUUCAUGCAAUUCUCUGUAGUGCCUUAUCUGUCCCGGAGUCUGGGGUUGGACCCGGUGGCCUUCGGGUACCUGCAGACCACCUUUGGGGUGCUCCAGCUGCUUGGCGGACCUGUAUUUGGAAGGUUGGCAGACCAGCGGGGGGCCCGCGUUGCCUUCAUGCUGUCCUUCCUGGCUGCCUCUGUGCUCUACCUGCUCCUGGCAGCCGCCUGCAGCCCGGCCUUGCCUGGAGUGGCCCUGCUCUUCGCCUCCCGCCUGCCCUCCGUGUUCAUGCACACGCUGCCAGCCGCCCAGAUGGUCAUCACGGACCUGACAGCGCCCGAGGAGCGGCCUGCGGCCCUGGGCCGGCUGGGCCUGUGUUUCGGGGUCGGCGUCAUCCUGGGCUCCUUGCUGGGCGGGACCCUGAGCACCGCGUGCGGGAUCCAGUGUCCAGCGCUGGUGGGUCUCGUGGCCAACAUGCUGGGUGCCAUCCUGAGCGCCAUUGGCAUCCCCGUGAGCACGAAGGAAGGAGGCACCCAUGCCCAGGGGCCCCUGCCCGGGAAGCCUCCGGCAGCCGUGUUUGACCUCCAGGCCAUCACCCGCUUGCUGCUGCUGCCCGGAGUCCUCCCGCUGUUCAUGGUCAAGGUUGUCUCCGGCUUCCCCUCAGGCCUCUUCAUGGUCAUGUUCUCCAUCAUCUCCAUGGACUUCUUCGAGCUGGAGGCCGCCCAGGCUGGCUACCUCAUGUCCUUCUUUGGGGUCCUCCAGAUGGUCAUCCAGGGCCUGGUCCUGGGGCGGCUAAGCCGGCGCUUCUCGGAGGUGGCGCUGCUGCGGGCCAGCGUGCUGGUCUUCUGCCUGGUGGGGCUGGGCAUGGCGCUGAUGUCCAACAUCACCCACUUUUGCUUCCUGAUGCCUGGCAUGGUCUUCGGCCUGUGCGCCCUCAACGUGGUCACGGACAGUCUGCUCACACAGGCCGUGUCAGCCAUGGACACAGGUACCAUGCUGGGCCUCUGUGCUGCCGUCCAGCCUCUGACCCGCACCCUGGGCCCCACUCUCGGGGGCCUCCUCUACCGGACCUGGGGAGUCCCUGUCUUCGGCUAUGUGAAGUUUGCUGUCAACUUCCUGGUCCUCCUGGUGCUCUGGAGGUGGCCCCUGAGCCCGAAGGCCGCCAAAGCACAGUGACCAA